AUGGCAAAUUAUCAACAACAACAAAUUCAGUCCUCUUCUACAACAUUUCCUCAAUAUUCACAAAAUAUUAGACAGACAACUUCUCAACAAUCCAAUCAACAACAGUCAUUACUCCCAAUUGAACAAAGAAUUAAUCCACUAGGUUUACCUCCACAAAUGCUUAUCAAUUAUGACAAACAUUCAAUUGAAACUCUUUGCACUUUGGGGAAAGAAUUAAUUUUGGAAUUAAUGACGAGAAUGUUUACUAUUGUCAGCACAUUAAAAUUAAAUAUAAAAGGAGAAAAAUCUUUACCAAAAAACGAUAAUAAUAAUGUUGACAAUGUUCGUCUUCAAUUGGAAUAUUCCCGUCUUAUAUUUAUGGCUUUGACUGAGAUUCGUCUCCGAAUUGAUUUAAAAUUAUUUAAAGAAUUAAAGACUGGCGAAACAUUAAAAACUUGUAGGCCUUCAGACAAAGAUUUAAUUGAAUUACUUUCCAAUCCAAACCCUUUAGAAGAAGAUUCACAAAAAUUGGAAAUAUCCAAACAAUUCGAAAAAAAUCGUCAAAAAUUGUUAAAAAUAAAUUGUGAAAUGAAAAAAUUGGAGUGGAUAUCAAUUAAUUCUGACCCGUCAAUAUUUACAAUUAUUGGAAAUGAAAGUAAUGAACAGAAGAAAAUGUUGAAUGAGGAAAGGGCUAAAAGUAGACAAAGUUGA